AUGCCUCCGCACUUUUAUGUUACUGCAGAUAAGUCCACAAACCAUCGGAUGACCAACCAGGUCACCGUCAUCUGUCCGGUGGUGAAUGGUAGUCGUGAGGGCAUUGUCCUGGACGCUAGGGAGGUUUAUGCAAGUUCCGAUGUGACUGGUGGUGCAGCUCACGCUUUAGCAGCUGCUAUAUUUAAAGAUCUGGAUGAGCAUGUCGGCAUAAAAGGAAAUCGCCUUCUGCAAGCCCAAGGAAGAGUAAUGGAUGGCCAAUAUGUGAACCGACCAUUUAUUGCUGCCAUGAACGAGCCUAUGAUGUGCCUUUUUGAAGAUGGCCUUCCUUGUAAAGAAAGGUUUUGGUGGCCUGUAGAGUGGGACCCUGCUCACUGGUUAGACAAAGUUUUCAGCGAGUUCAAAGAUUCUUCUUUUGUCGAUCGCUUGCUGAAAAGAGUUGCGCUAUAUCACCAGCUUUUCAGUCAUGGUAAGAUGCACAGCGUGGCCCGUCACACAGCAAAAGAUCUGAAACUUCCAUUUAGGGUGACCAACGCUUAUGCCCAUCAGCGUUUCAUGAGUUCGAGCUACCUCUCACUAAAGAACCUUGCGAACAGUUUGGAAGUUUAUAUGGAAACAUUCAAGGACCAUGACAAUCGAGAAGUACUUGGUUAUAAGUUAUGUGGUCAAGACUUUGUCCAUGAUUUGUUGGGUGUUCUUGAUUUGUUGUGGCCCUUGGUGGUCCUUAUGCUGCAGGCGCAGGCUCAAUGGUAUCCUGGCUGGAAGUUGUGCUCCCAUAUUCCUUUGGUAAAAGAACAGAUUGAGAGAUUCAUCGUCGAAGUUUCCAAGGAAGAUCCUGCUGCCUAUGUUUGUCCCAGACUGAGCCAGAAAGUCGACGAAAUUAGAGAUAUGUGCUAUGGUCAAAGUGAUCUAGAGACUGGAUGGUUUGUCGUUGGUGGUGGCGACAAUGGAGUUCCAGUAGAUUGGUCUGCGCGUGAAAUCGAAGAUAGUGUGCGCGAUCUGGAAAAGCUGGGCAGAGAUGUGAUCAACCAGAUGGAAGUCCGAUUCAACAACAGCUUCUCUGAACUCAAUCGGUUGCUGUCAAAAUGUUUCGACUUUGCACGGUUAUUUCUUGGGUUAUGUGGAGUACGAUCCGAAGACAGCAUACCCGUGGACAAAAAGAAGUUCUCCGAGCUUGGCGUUAACGAGUUUCGACGAUGUGCCUCCUACGUUGCUCAGAUGCCUCAUGUCCAAGAAAAGGAUUUUGAGAUAGGUGGUGAAUUGUCGUCUACUGUGUUUUGGCGUCUAAAGAAAGUGCUCAUCGCUGUGAUCUGGGGGGAUAUGCUACACACGCACUUUUCCAACUUUUUUAAACAGAUUACCGUCAAAGACAGCGGGGAAUUUUCUUUAAAAGAUCUGGUUGUUCCAGAAGGAGUAUUUGUUGAAGCUUUUCUGAAAGGCACAAGGCGACAAUUCACUCUUUCUGAUGUAUUUGAGGUCAAAUUUAGCAAUGGUCAGAAGAUUGAAGCCAUAUUCGACGAAGAGGUUUUCAUCAAAUCUCUGUACACAGAUGCGUCGUUUUACUCUGCAGUUGGUCAAGAGUUUUGUCUUGUUUUUGAUAUUUUUUACGCGAAAAGUGGAACAGAGGCGGUUGCCGAAUCGUUUUAUAGGGUGGUAGAUAGGCAUGAAAUGGAUGGCGGACAGAGCACCCGGAUUCUUAUGAAUCGUUCAAAAGUAGAUUGGUGUCUUCCGCCCGUCAUUCAAUGCGACGCGGCACUCAAUGACAUGGCAAAACUGUACAUUAACGGAGACAAGGAGCUUGGCCUAUCCAGACAUAGCAUACCUGUGUUCAAAGAUCGACGAUCAUUGCAAAGACACGAAGGAGAACUGUCGAAGGUUUUGGAACGAAUUGUGACUUCGCGACCGAAGUUACCUUUUCUUCUAUAA